AUGUGCGUGUUUUUUUUUUUCUGGGCUUUACUAUUCUGUCAAAGCAAUGGAAUGACAACAAAAACACCACCAUCAACAACUCGCAUCGCAGUCAUAGAAUUCCUAUUAGGACAGAAUGACACGUUAACAGAUGCAAAUACAACAGACACUACUACUACUGAGAGUCCGGCAACAACCACAGAGAAUCAGACCCCAACGUCUGCGACACUGCACCCGAAUCUACCAGAAACUACGUCUGCUGUAUACGUGCAAGGUGAUAGUGGUAUUGAAAAUGGGUCAAAAAAUGGCACAGACGUCACAACAGACAAAGACGUGAUUUUAGUGUCUACCAGUCCCGCCUUGAAUGACGUUAGUCAAGUCAAUAAAAUAACAGCUGAAAUUCCCCAAGGACAAUAUGACACACAUUUGACAGUUGAUCGUUUUUCACAAACAAUUGAAACAACUACCGAACAAUCCUUAGAAUUAACUACCGAAUUGAUUGACAAAAUCAUAGAAAGCACUACGUCAAAAAACAGUACAAUUAGACCGAAUACAAGUACAAGCACAACACUGCGCAAUACCCCAUCUGAAUACCUUCAUGUCGAAAACAAAGACACCGUUGGCAGAUCUUAUCAUCCGGGUUCCUCAUCUGAACAAUCCGGAGUAGUAAUCAUAGGCGCAGUUUUGGCAUUCUUUUGUGUUGCCAUUCUAGUAGCUGUCGUUUUGGUAUUUCGUCGUCGAAGACAGAGUGAGAAGCAAAAAGUCAUGAUGAAUUUUGAUUUGAAUAGAAUGGAUUUGAGAAGCCUUCGGCAUCAACCACCAAAUGUUGUAACUGUGAACUUCCCAUUGAAACCGGAAGCAGAUCUCUGGCAAGACGUGAAACCAAUGAACUCAUCCGUGAUUUGAAGUCAAAAUCCAAAUUAUUUUGAAUGUGAUAUACAAGGUUAACGAUCUGAAUUAGGUUUUUAGAUAUUAACAUAAUCGAAAUUAUCAAUAUAUUGGGCAAACAAAAUUUGAUUCCGUGGCUCGUCUAGAAUGAUAGACCAACGUUGUAGCAGUCUGUUGGAUUCCAAAUAGCGAAUCAGAUUUGCUAUUUCCAUAGUCAAACAUUUUUGAUCUUGACAUUUGGUGGGUUCAAAAUAAUUAUGUAAGAGAACAUAUCUACGCUUAUAUUUUGUAGGCUCGCAAGACCUGAGAUUCGAAAAUUAUAUAUAAACCGGAAAUGACGAAUAGUUUGUGAAUGACUUCGAGAGCUGAUUUUAUUGAAAAUGAAUAUAACCGGAAAGAUAUUGAAGUCGAUCGAAAGUUAUUUAUUGUUUUUUCUACAAGAAUCUAUUUAGUGCCAAAGAAUUUUUGAUUUUUACAGUGUGAAUAAUAUCCUGUAUGUUGCCGUUAAAACAACCUGUAUUUAUACAGAUUUAAUUUUACAGUGUAACUACACUAAUAAUAUCGCUUGUCUGGUAGAAUGUGUCAGUUACUCGUCGAUAGUCCAAACCCUAUUCUAGCGUUACUGUAUUCUGUAAGUCAAAACACUUUUUAGCGGAUUAUUGUAGACAAACUGGAAGUAGGAUUUUCAUUAUAAAAACUGAUACGGGUAACUGAAAUCAAAUUCUAUCAGCUGGAUAUUAGGAGCAUUUAGAGCUGAAAGAGGACUCCGAAUAUCUGAAUAUUACGUAAUUUCAUGUUUUUUUUUGUGUGUUUUUGACAUGUUUUUGUUAUUAUACCAUGUACGGUAUUGUUUUUCACUUUUCUUUUUGUUUGUUAAAAUAUAAUUUGUAUACUAUGAAAGACUUGUCAAUAGAUUGUUUACUUGAAU